GCCUAAAAUCCCAAAUCUCCCUGAAACCGAAUCAACCUGCUUCCAACCUCAGAUUCCGAAUCAACAGAUGGCGUCCCGGCUGCCCAUUGAUGACAACUCCAAUACAAAAUCGGAGGAAGGAACAAUCGCAUUCCACAAGAAGCGGGCUCGCCGUGUCAGCUUUGCAGAGAACACCUCUGUUCACAUAUUCGACCGUGAUGAAGACUCCGGAACUCCAUUGGAUCGCAAGCCUCCUAAUUCUCCAGCCUCUGCUGAACGCAAUAAUGAACCAAACCAGUUGUUCUGGAAUGUGGAAGAGGAUGAUAAUGAUAACAAUAACGAGGAUGACGACAUGGAUGAACCCGGAUCAAGGAGUCCCUUUUUGCGGUUGGUUGGGUCUCCAUCCUCUGGUGGAAGUACCAUUGGUUCUGCUAACUCCAACGAUGAAGAUAAUUUUUUUGGUCCUGUAUCGGCAAGUUUCAUUAGACGAGAUAUACUGGACUCUGCUGGCUCAGAUGGAAAUCAUGAUCAAACUAUGGAUUCAACAGCCUUUUCAAUGCAUUUUCGUAGCCUUGCUAGGUCGGACUCAGAAGCAGAAUUGAAGACCUCAACAGGGGUUCACCUUUCCUUCGAGGAGAAGACCCCAACUCAGGAUUUCAUUCCCACAAAUACAGGAACUCCAAUGCGAAUGACACUAGCUAAGAAGCCAAAUUAUCAGCCUUCUGAUUCUACCUCCAAAUCAAGCACUUGUUCUGAGUCGAAUGAUAUGAGUAUUGAUGGAGAAUAUCAUUACAAGUAUGACUAUGGAGAACUCUCUCCUACAUCGGAUGCACUCUUGGCAGAAGGCAAUAAGGACCUCCAUGUGAUUGCCCCUUCUAAUGAUUCUAUCUUAAAAUCACCAAGAAACACUGAAACAACCAAGGAAGACGGGGCUAAUUUCAUGGAUUUUAGUUGUGACAAAGAUAAGGAAGGGAAUAUUACUCAUGAUAUGGUCAAUGAAAUUGUUUCUUUUGAGCAUAAUGGGCUUGGUGUGGCCAAUGAUGGAUCGAAAUUUUCUCCUAGCAAGCAGAUUGCAUUAGGUGUAUAUUCCCACACAUCCGACGCUGAGAUUUCUAAAUCUUUGUUGGUUGGUUCAUCUAUUUUGGCUACCCCUAUUGCCAUGACCAAGGAUCUUGUCAAAGAUGCAUUUCAGAUAAAGUCAAGUUUGGACUUCUCUGCUACCAGUCAAGGGAAUCAUAAUCCUAAAAACACAAUUUAUUUAGGUGAUGUUAUAGGAAAGGAAGAGAAAUCACCUUUUGUACGGUCAGUUAACUCUUUAACUGAUAAGCCAAGUCACAUACGUUUACAUGGCGUUAGUCCAUCUAAAUCACCAUCGGCUGUGACUUCUUCCUAUAAUCGUUCAAGUGUUUUUGUAAGAACAGAACUUUCGAAACAUGGUGGGAGUGUUGCAUCCAUGCAGAAAAGCAUUUCUAAACUCAGAAUGCUCGAGGCUUCUCCCUUUUCUGCUGCUUUGAAUGCUAGACUUGAAGAUUCAACGAAAAAAAGAUCCGUAGUUUGCCCAUCUAAGAUGACUCCUUUGUAUACUUUGUUGGGGAAAAACGACAAACCUCUCCUACUCAAUCGUAUGAAUGAUAUCAUGCAAUCAUCAUCUGCUGCUCAGAAGAAGAGAGAAAGAGUAAGUUUAAUAAACAUGGAUGAUAUUGGGUUAGAGACACCAAAGAAUGGUGUCUCUGCGACUCAUAUGCGAAAUUUUGUCAAUGUUGCAUCACCGAUGUUGAUACCAUCUGAAAGCACAUGGUUUAAAGAAAAGUUGCCGACUGAUCUCUUGUCAUCGGCAGAUAUCAUAUAUGGUUAUAAAGAUAAUAAAAGCGAAGUUAGUUUACCUCAAAAUUUAGGUUAUUCUCCACAGAAAAAGUUAAAGAUUGUGAAUGCAUCAGAAUUCAAAAGCAGUCCUUUGAGAGAUGCAAAACAAUUUACCAAGCAUAAUGAGCCAGUAAAGCUUGUGCCAAGUCAUGUUGCAGGGUCAGGGGAAAAGGAAAAUGUCACUAAUUCCAAUAAUCUCCAUUGA